AUGUCUGGAUUUGAUGAACGCCCGGUAUACUUCAGCGAUGCAUUUGGCUCUGAAGAGCAAACAGAUGAACGAGAAGUCAACAGAAUCAGCGCAAGGAAGAGAUUCAGGGAAUUCAUUCGCGAAUUUCAUGAGGGAACCUUCAGCUAUCCGUACCGGUAAACAAAAUGGCGCUUGCCUAAACAGCGUGGAUCUUUUGCUCGUCUAGAAAACAAGCCUCGAUCAUUGCAUUGUACCUUCGUUUGUAUAAUCGUUUGAGCUAAACUUAUUCCGUUUGAUUGACAAAAAUCGCUCGGGAAAUUUCUAAAUUAUGUGCUUAAAGUCACAUAAUAUAGAACUGUUAAUUUGGACGAGGAUGCAAACAUGUGCUCUUGAAAAUAUUACUGUGGCUGAUCGUUGAAAAAACGUAGGUUCUUUUGGCAUUUAAGUUUUCGAUCGAAUGAGGGAAAAUAUCUAAUAGAGGAGAGGAUUUGGUGUUUUUUGGAAAUCUUUGACAAAGAUCUGUGGUGAACAACAAAGUGAGAUGUUUGUAAGCUUGCUUAGGCAUGAGUUUUUACUCGAUCCGUGUUUCUUAUUCUAGCGAUCAACUCAAAAGGCAUUACAAUCUUGGCCAGUAUUACCUUGAAGUAGAUCUGCAGGAUUUGACCAGCUAUGACGAACAACUUGCUGAUAAACUUACAAAGAGUCCAGCAGAAUUCCUUCCUCUGGUAAGUUUUGCACGUUAAAAUCUAACAGUGCCAUUGAGUUGAAACUGAGCCAAUGUUUCCUGUCAUCGUGACUUGAAUUUAGAUUUAGAACACUGUCUUAAACCACACUGGCCUGGUAGAAGUGGGCUCCAAUUCAAGUUGUUGCUUGGAGGUCUGUUGUUGCUUUCCUAGUGACUGUUUUGUUAUGUCACUUGUUUGUGGCUACACACUUGGAUCAGCCUUUUAUCUUAAACUCCUUAACCCAUUCACCCCUGAACCGCCCGUAACCGCCCGUGCGAAUCCAGGUCCUUUCUACCCUUUGUGACGUCAUCAGUUUUAACGGUCAAGGACAACUUUCUUCGCUAACUUGUGCAGAGUGAAGAGAUCUUUCAAACCAUACCAGAAUGAGCACAAUUCAGUAAAAAAACCACGUGACAAGGACCUGAAAAUCUCCAUGAAAAUCUUGUUCCAUUACCCACCUACCUUUCCUUUUAAUCCUAAGAUCCUAAAAGCUUUCCUAAAAACUCUUCCCACCAAAAUGAAGCCUAUUAAAUGCCCAGCAAGAGAAAAAAAAAUGAAAAAUUUUGCUUUACAAACCAUAAGCUGAUAUUUUGCAUCUGGAUCAUUUGUAAAGGGUUUGUGGUAAGUUUUAGCUCUUUAUAGCACGACAGUGACCAGAAAACCACUCGACUAGCUUCAAAAGGCGUUUUUCGGCAAAAUCUCCAGGAGCGAAUGGGUUAACAUCAUAUUUUUUUUCCAGCGUUGUAAAAAAAAUAAUGAAAAAUAAUACAAAUUUUGACAUUUGAAGAGUGGGCGAUAUUAAACUGAGAAUGUGCCACCCGAAAAGGAAUUGAUUUGUGGUAUUCAUGUUUAAGAAAUUUUCCCAGAAGGGGAUCCACCCACCCAAAAUAACAGAAGCAAGACUGUAAUCUAAGAAAAAUUCAAUUGAGCCCAGUUCUCUGAACCUCUGAAAACCAGGGUGUCCAGCAUAGGAUUUGUAUGAAAAAGCUAACAUGGAGCAAAAAUUAGGCACCAGGUACCACUGGGCUCAGCCUGAGCAUGGACCUGAGAAGUGAAAAAUAAAUCCCUAUAAAAUGUGGUAUAAAAAUAUGCCCUGGUUACAGACCAGAGUAUUAAACAAAGCCUACAUUUGGAAGCAUGGGCAGCACAACCCCCUCUCCCCCUCCCCCUCCUUCCACUAAUCACUGGGAACAAAGAGCUAGCCUGAUGUUAUAAUUUAACUUCAUGUAGUUUGAAGAUGCUGCAAAGGAGAUGGCAGAUGAAGUAACAAAGCCCAGGCCACUGGGAGAAGAAGAGGUUCAAGACAUUCAAAUAACAUUGAAGUCAGAUGCUAAUCCUAUGAGUGUCAGGGAGCUUAGGGCAAGUAUAUGGUUUUGAAUAAACACUGUGUCAUGACGUCCAACCUCCAUGAGUUAGUGACUUAAACAGAUUAGGUACCUUUGUUAUUCAUAUCAAUGUUGGUUUGUGUUGCUUCACUGAUUUGAUUGAAUCAGGGAACUUCCAAUUUCAACAAGAGUUUGUAAAGAAUGCCAAAUUUGAAAACUAUGCUUUCCUAUUGAAUCAAAUGCCACAGGCAAAAUUCUGCAUACUACUGAGGAAAAAAGGUAAGGUAACGGCACACACGAGCCAAAGGCCGAAGUGGUCAGAGCUUAUCGCGGUUUCCGUAGUGUGAAGCAUGCUCAGGAGUAUUGCUACUACCCCCUGGACAGGAUGCUAUUCCAUCAGAGGGUUACCCCCAGCAGUAUGUCACCGGUACCCAUUUAUACACCUGGGUGAAGAGGGUCAAAGUGGAUUAG